AUGGAAGUGAGUCCUGGCUUUUGUGCCAAAUACUGCAACUACAUGAUGGACAUGCAUUCCGGUAAGGUGUUGGCUUAUAAUAUUGUUCAGGUGAUCAAGAUUGGAAGUUCAACCAACAUGGAGAAAUCAGGCUUCACCAGGUGUUUGGAAGAGGUGAAGGGGUCUUUGGAUGUAACAAAGAGGAAGGAAUGCAGUACACUGGGACCAUGGAUGAGAUCCAUCACAAACCAGGUGUGGUGGUCUAUGGCAACAUGUGAAGAAGAUGAAGUCAUUCUCAAGGAAAAGUUUCUGUCCAUUGUCCACCACUUCAGUAAAAUCCAUGAAUGGCAGUCAGCAGACAAAUACCAUUGCUGUGCACACGAUCCCCUUGGUGAAGAGUACAUGAGAUCCAAGAAGUGGAUAAAACCUGGCACACCACCACACAAGGCUCUGCAGGGUGUCACGUUCAACACCAGGUUGCUAAAUCAACUGAAAAAGCUAACUAUGUUCUGCCACACAGGAGAUCUUGAAGUAUUUAACUCACUUCUGUUGAAAUACUGCCCAAAACGGCAACACUUCAGCUACAAAGGAAUGUAUGUUAGACAGCAACUUGCCAUUGUGAAUCACAAUAACAACACAGGCAGAAUAACCGAGGUUGUCCAAAGCUUUGCUAUGAAGGAUAUUCUUACACCAAGAAAGGCACCAACAAGACCACUCUCCACUGGGAGUGUAGCCAGCAUUGAUGACGUUCAUGCAAGGGAGCGAUUGUCACUGAUCUGA